CUUCCUUAUGUCAUUGGGUAGAAACUUUAGAGUCACAAAAGAAAUAUUUUCAAUGCACUGUCAAGAAUAAUAUUUGGAAAUUGAGUAUGGAUUGGAAUAAAAAACAGUCUAAGAGAAACCUUCAAAAACUUCAGCAAUUGGAGAUCGACCUGACAUCAUGUUUACG